GGCCUCCUUCCCUCACACGUGCAGCUGAGAGCGACACACUGGCUUGGCCGGACUGAGACGACUCAACUUCAAGUGCUAUGGAGCAGAAGGGGCCAGCAGGAGAGCCACAUUUGGUGGGGAAGAAAGAAGAAUUGAUGGAGGCGAAGCGCACUUUCAGAACAUUGGAAGGUCGAGAUGUACUGAUCAUCUACCACCAGGGAGGCUUCUAUGCUCUGGACUCUUACUGCUAUCACGCUGGUGGGAUGCUGCACAACGGGGACAUCGAGGACAUUGAUGGCAAGCUGUGCAUCGUGUGUCCCCGACACAAGUACAAGAUUUCCCUGGCCAAAGGUGAAGGCUUCUACAAGGCCACUGACCCCACCCAGAAAAGCCCUCGGCCCAGAUGGUUCUCCAAAGGAGUGAAGCAGCGAGUCCACACGGUCACGGAGAGCGACGGGGACGUCUAUGUAAAACUCUCUGGGGAGCCGGGCUGGAUCGACUCGGACUAUUUCCAGGGAGAGAAGGGCAAAGUGGAAAGGGCCAGAGCUGAGGCCCUUGAGAAGAGGACAUCUUCCUAAUGGGUGAUGCACACUUCUAGGUUUACAUAAAGACUGUAAGUUAGACCUUUUGUGGCUUUCAAGCAGUCUAUGUAUCAUUUUCAAAUACUUCCAACUAUAUCCAUGCUGGAACUGUGUGCUUUGCCAAAUAUGAACAUGUUGAUUUUCAAUGAAAUGCCAGCCAUUUUUCUCUCUUCAUUAUAAACCUCCAGAAGUGAAGAGGAGUUGUUGUAUUAUGUUGCAUGAACUUCAAUACAAACUGACCAAUGAGUGUUGUAGUUCACCUCUACCAGGGAUCCGCUACCAACA